CAGCAUGUCUUUGACGGCUCCUGUUGGCCGGACAAUUCUUACGCUGGGCAGGAGAUCUUGUCCCUGCACUUUUACACCAAAGCGUGCACAUAGGAGUCUUGGACUGUAUUGCUCUCCGUCACUGGCACCCUUUCGCCCAAAAAGAUUUCGGGAGGUGUUUGCAGGUUCACGACUACGGAUGCACCUUAGGAAAGCAUCAACCAUCAUGAGUGCAGCUUCAUCUACAGAGAUAGCAAUUAUCACAACCGUUGGAUGCCCAUACUGCAAGAAAAGCAAGGAGGCACUGCGCAACGCUGGACUGGCUUACAAGGAAUUUGAGUUGUCCACUGACCUUGAAGCGUUGAGGAAGGUCAAAGAAAUCACUAAAAGAGCAACCGUUCCUCAGGUCUUCAUUGGAGGAACAUUCAUUGGAGGCUCGGAGGAGCUUAUAUCUCUUAUAGACCAAGGAAAGAUACAGCAGGUCUUGGAAGAAAAUUUGGACCGACCAGGACUUCCAGACUCCCUGAGAGGCAUUGAGUCACAGGGACAAAGCAGAGCAUUGGUUCCUGGAGGACUGGACAAGGAAGAAUAUGACAGACUGCGACAACUGGCGCAGAUCCUGCGUCAGAAGCACAAAGAUGAAUUGAAACAAUCAAGGACUUUCACCCUGGCUGAAAUGUCACGCUGGUUGGCAUUGGAGAAGCAGGCUGAGACCCCGGAAGAUGCCAAGCAUACUGUGCAUAAACUUCUUUCGGCACAGAUCAUCACCCUCGCAAAUGGAGCUGCAUGGGACAGCUGGUCAGGGGCAGGGGAAGAACAAGAAUUUGCAUUUGUGGCUGACGCCCGGAAACCAACCCUGGGGGAGCCACUCAAUGCUCACUUCCAGUGGUAUGGAGAUGCUCGGAGCCCCUCUGAGGUUGGAGAAAACCUGCGGAUGAGGAUGCUGGCCUUGUAUGACAAGCAUCUUGCACCCGAUGGCCGCGCAGUGGACUACAAGGGCCUCGGGGCAGAUCCAGAGUUCACAGAUUUCAUUGAUGCCACUGCUGAGCUCCAGAAGGUCGAUGUGUCCCCAUUGAGCCGGGAGGAGAGAAUGGCGUUCUGGAUAAAUGUCUACAACAUUCUUGUGGUGCAUGCAAUGGUGGAGUUUGGGCCCGCCACAGGGACACUGCAACGCCUGGCAUGGUUUGCCAAGAUCAAUUACGUAGUGUGCGGCCUGCAGUACUCCUCAAAUGACAUUGAACACGGCGUCCUGCGAGGGAACAAACCAAGCCCGGCCAACCUUCUGUCCCUGCUUGGACUCUCACAGCUGGCUCCGCUGACCUUCAAAAGCAGUGACCCACGUCUUGCACAGGUCAUUGACCCUCCAGACCCCAGGAUACACUUCAGCCUUGUGUGUGGCGCGAAGAGCUGCCCUCCAAUAAAGGUGUACACCCCGGAAGCCUUGGAUGAUGGCCUUGAGUCUGCGGCCGCAUCCUUCAUUGAGAGUGAGGGUGAGGUACAGGUGAAUGUUGAGGCGCGCAAGCUCGUCCUUAGCAAGAUAUUCCAAUGGUAUGGCAAGGACUUUGGCUCAAAAGCAGAUCUUGUGGCGCUCCUUGUGCGCCAUAUGCCCACAGAGCAAAAGAAGCAGCUGGAGGGUCUCCUUGCAAGUGCAUCAGCUGAAGAGCUGAAGUUUGAAUUCAAGCCUUAUGACUGGAGCCAAAAUUCCAAGUAG